AUGUUUUCUGAAACAUGUAAAACAUUAUUACAAACAAUAAAAGACUGCAAAUCUAAAAACCAAAGCCCACCAUCUAAACAACCUCUGCGGCUUCGAAAAGUUAUAAUAACAGCACUAGCAAUCAGAAAAUUUCAAAAGUUUGAAUCAGAUAAAUUCAAGCAAUCGAUUGAAUGUGUCUUUGAUAAAACAGUUGCAAUUAACGAAUUAAAACGUUUUCACACACAAGACAAAUCGUUUUAUUUAAAAGAGCCUAAGAAGUUUGCAUAUUACAUACGCAAGUUUACAUUAACAUUCGACGAAUUGAAAAGUGUACAUACAGAUCUGUUAAGUCAACUCAAUCAACAUUUGCAAGGCUUAGAUGGUAAUGUUGAUGAACGCGUUCAAUAUUGGGAAGACCCAGAUGAUAAUGUUGAGGAACAAGUUCAAGAUUCGAAAUACUCAGAUGAUAAUGUUGAUGAACAAGUUCAACGUUCGGAAGACUCAGAUAGUAAUGUUGAUGAACACGUUCAAUAUUGGGAAAAGUCAGAUAGUAAUAUUGAUGAACAAGUUCAACGUUCGGAAGACUCAGAUGGUAAUGUUGAUGAACACGUUCAAUAUUGGGAAGACCCAGAUGAUAAUGUUGAUGAAGAAGUUCAAGGUUGGGAAAAGUCAGAUAGUAAUAUUGAUGAACAAGUUCAACGUUCGGAAGACUCAGAUGGUAAUGUUGAUGAACACGUUCAAUAUUGGGAAAAGUCAGAUGGUAAUAUUGAUGAACAAGUUCAACGUUCGGAAGACUCAGAUGGUAAUGUUGAUGAACACGUUCAAUAUUGGGAAGACCCAGAUGAUAAUGUUGAUGAAGAAGUUCAAGGUUGGGAAAAGUCAGAUAGUAAUAUUGAUGAACAAGUUCAACGUUCGGAAGACUCAGAUGUUCAACGUUCGGAAGACUCAGAUGGUAAUGUUGAUGAACACGUUCAAUAUUGGGAAGACCCAGAUGAUAAUGUUGAUGAAGAAGUUCAAGGUUGGAAAUACUCAGAUGGUAAUGCUGAUGAACAAGUUCAACGUUCGGAAGACUCAGAUGGUAAUGUUGAUGAACACGUUCAAUAUUGGGAAGACCCAGAUGAUAAUGUUGAUGAAGAAGUUCAAGGUUGGAAAUACUCAGAUGGUAAUGCUGAUGAACAAGUUCAACGUUCGGAAGACUCAGAUGGUAAGGUUGAUGAACAAGCUCAAUAUUUUCUAUGCUUAUCGUUAAAGUAUUUAACUCGAAAUAGCAAAACACUGGCAAACGAAAUUCAAUAUGCUGAUAUUAUCCAUUUGAUGAAACGAUGUAAGAACGAGUUAGUUAGGACUGAACUUGUUUAUACAUUGGCUUACAUGACUGAAAAAUCAACAUUAAACAACGAAUUAAUUAAUGAAUUAAAUAACUUGGUGCUAAAUAGAUUUGAUAUAAAUGAAGAUGCAAAAGGACUUUUAUUAAUUCGAUUAGAAAAUAGUAAAAGUAUUCCUAUCAAUGAUCAAUUAAAAACUGAACAUCGAUUUAAAUCAACGGGUCAAUCUAAUGGUAAUAACAAAAUGAAUAAACUAAUAGUUACCAAAACAAUACAAACUGUGAAAUCAAAUUACAAUAAUAAAGAUUCCGAAGAAACAAAAAUGAUAUUUUUGAAUUUAUCAGAUGCACUUAAAAAUAGAAACAGAAAGUUAAAUAUGAAUACAAAAUUAGAAGAAAUAGAUACUGUAAAUGAUACAACUGGUGAUAAUAGAUCAAUGUGGAGAAGUACUUGGGCAGAAUGUAUUAAUUUAUAUUCAUUAGUAGUAAUACAAGGACAAGCAUUAAAAAGUGAUGAUAAAGAUAAUUAUUUACCAAAAAGAUUAUUUGGUUGGCAUGCCGUUUUUGAUACAAAUAUGUCACCAAAAGAAGUUUUUACAAUCGCAAAGAGAAAGAAAAUUUAUUCGUUUUUGAUUAACAGAAUGAUUGUUGCUACAUUGCUUAGAACAUCAAAAAAACAGCAAUUAAAUAAUGAUGCUAUAGAUAAACUAAUGACAUGUGUAACUGAAUUUGACAAUUUUGUUUCAAUUUUAUUGAAUUCGGAAGAUGAUAUGGUAGACUUAUUUGUUGAUAGCAUAUAUGCUGAAUAUAAUGCUUUAAAUGAAUUAAAAGAACCAGAUAUAGUAGUUACCUUUGUUAAGACAAUUAUAAACAAAACAAUAGAAGUUGUUAUACAUAAAGGAUGGUUGUGGAAUUCUACUGAAGUUAAACAAAAAACAUUCAAUAAAAAUGAACUAACAGAAAUAAUAAAAACCGAAAUUAAUCGAAUUAGACUGGACAGUUUAAAUGCCAUAUAUAACUGUUCAAUUCGAAACAAGCAAGUUCUUACUAAAGAGAGAAUUAAGAAAAUUCAAAAAUGUUUAACAAAUUAUCAAGAUGAUAAUGUUCAAUUUACAAAAUUAAUAUUUCAGUUAAUGAACAUUGCUAAUUCAACUAAUGAAAUUGAUUAUAAAACAACAUUUGAAACAUAUAUAGAUCUAUUAAUACGUGGAAUAUCUGAAAAUAGUGAAGUCAUAAUUAAUUUUAUGAAUAAUCAAGCCAAAGACAUGAGAAGAAGUGCGGAAUUAUUUACCAAUGAUGUACUUGAGAAAUUAAUUAAUUUAUUAAAUAAUUACGUUUAUGAUAAUAAAAUAAAAGAAGAUAUUAUGGAGAUAAUUAAUAAUUAUUUAGAACAUGAAACAAACAAGGCUUUGAAAGACAAACAUUUGGAAUCAUUGAUUGAAUACGUUAUGGAGUCUAGUGAUUCAACUGCUACUCUUAUAAAUUCCGUACUUACUUCUAUACUGAUUAUUGCUGAAAAAGGAAGUUCAUUAUCAAUGAAAAUGAUGAAAAAAUUAAUUAAUAAUAUGGAAUGUUUUGAUGAAAGUUGUUCAAAUUAUAUUUUACUUAUAUUAAGUCGUGUUAUUCAGGGAAGAAAUUAUAUUGAAGAUGAACAAGACUUGGAAAAAAUAUCUCUCAAAUUAGAGAGUGAUAAUGUAGUUAUAUUAAAUGAAGAUUCAAAAAUAAAUUUUGAACAACGUUCAGAAAAAAAUCAACAUGGUAAUCAAAUUUCAUUAUUAACAGCUAAAUUAAUAUUAUUAUCUGUUGAAAAUCAAGUUAAAAUAACAAAUAAAACAAUUGAUAAUUUAGUUUUAGCAUUAAAUAACGAUGAUAAACAAACAAAAAUAAUAUCAUCCAAAUGCAUUUAUUUUUUAUCCAAAUAUAUGCCUUUAGAAAAUGAUGCUCUUAGUCAAAUGAAAGAUUUUGUAAAUAAUCAAACUUAUGACGUAAGUGUUUAUAUUCUUUUAGCUUAUUCGUAUGGUUUAGUCAAAUUGGCUGAAUGUUGUAAACCAAUCGAUUCCAUGUAUAUGGAAAAUUUAAGUUCAUUAUUUGUUACACAAAGUUUGAAAUUAGGAGGAAUUGAUUUUGCAAAUGAAAUUAAUUUGAAUAUACUUGAAAUAUUAAAAUUUGAAGCAAACAAACAAAAAUUUGAAGAUGAAAAUAUGUUUGUUCUGCUUGAUGGGAUUUUAUUGCUAAACGAAAAUUAUAGUAUAAAAGUACUUGACAUACUUCAAAUCUAUACAACUACGUAUACAAUACCUACAAGUACAAUAAGAGCUUUGGAAAAUGAACUUGCUUUUCCUGAACGAUUUGAAAACGCUUUCUUCACUAUUCAUAAUGUUAUUCGUAAUGGUCAAUCAGUUACAAAUAAAACAUUGCAAAUAUUAGUUGACAAUUUGUACAUGUCAAUAAAUUCAAGACGAAGAUAUAAUUCAUUUAAACUAUUGGAAAAAGCAAGACAAAAUCAAGAUUUACCAGAUAACAUAUUCUCUAAAUUAGAGCUUGUUAAAGCUGGUUUUACUCUAUCGAAAUCAACUAAUAAGAAAUCAAUUAUUAAGUUUAUACAAGAUCAAACCAACAAUGGAAUGCAAUUACCAAUUGAUACGAUUAAUGCUUUAGAAAAUGAAAUUCAUAACGAAGAUGUUUUACAAAUAUUCUACAAUAUAUCAAAAAAUAAACAAAUAAUACAAUAUGAUUUACUUAAUAAGUUAAUUGAAAUUUUUAAACCAGAUACUGAUCAAUUUACUUUAAUUGAUGUCUUUGAAAAUGUAGCAAAGAAUAAUCAAACAUUAUCUAAUAAACUUUUAAAGAAAUUAGAAAUGGCUUUAAAUAGAGAACAAAUUCAAGAUAAAGUCCUGUUAAUAUUUGUAUAUUUGGCACAAAA